GCCCCUUCGCUCAAGGCUCCACCCACUUCACAGGACUCUUGCCUCUGUUCCUCCAAGUUUCACCUCUCCUUUUUUAGAGCCUUGCCAGUUGCUGGUUUUGUUUGUUUGUUGUUCGUUUGCUUUUUAAUGUAGCCCUGACCGGUCUAGAACUUGCUAAGUAAAGCAGCUGCCCUCGAACUCAGAGAUCUAUCUGUUUCUGCUUCCCGAGGGCUGAGAUUAAAGCACCAAGGUGUGCACGUGCUGCAGCAUGAGUGUGGACAGAGGACAACUUGUGAGAGUCAGUUCUCUCCUUCCACUGUAUGGUUCCCUGGGAUCAAACUUGUGUGGCCCUUAUCUGCUGGAUCAUCUCCAGGCUCCGCCUGCUACGGGAAUCAUUUUAAUCCCCUGUUCCUGUUUUAAACUCCAUUCAAGAUGUCCUAGGGCACCGCCCACGGUCCCUCUUUCCCCCCAAGUUCCUCCCCAACCACAGAACCAGGUUCUUUUAGGCUCCACCCCUUCAUCCUUAAGUGUUUCAUCCGGCCCAGGUAGUUCACCUGCCACUUCGGAGUGAGUCAUGUGCGGUGGCAGUCUUUGCCCCAGCGGGUCACCUGCUUCCUCAGCGGCUCCCGCAGCGCCGGACAGCACAGUGGGAUCCCAAAACAAAGGCGGUGGGCCCCCGGGGCCAGAACCCCCGGCUCAGUCUUCCGUCCAGGACUCUGUCGUCGUCCCCGAGCGCGAGGAUAUGCCGGAGUUUGUGGUGACUGCGCUGUUGGCGCCCUCACGCCUCUCGCUGAAGUUGCUGCGAGCUUUAGUGAUGAGCCUGGUGUAUUUGGCUGCCUUGGUGGCCGCGAUCGUCUACAGCUGCAUCGCGCUCACCAACGUGCUGUGCCGUCCGCGCCGGGGCUGUCGCGGCCGCCAGCGGUUGUCGGCGCCGGGCUGCCUGAGAGACCCCACGCUGGGCCAGCACUGCUUUCUGACCCUUAGGAGUUCGGGUCUGCGGCUUCACUAUGUCUCCGCUGGUCGUGGCAACGGGCCCCUUAUGCUGUUUCUGCAUGGCUUCCCAGAGAACUGGUUCUCCUGGCGCCACCAGCUUCGGGAGUUUCAGAGCCGUUUCCAUGUGGUAGCUGUUGACCUGCGUGGUUAUGGCCCCUCUGAUGCUCCAAAGGAUGUGAAUUGUUAUACCGUUGAUCUGCUGUUGGCUGAUAUCAAGGAUAUCAUUCUAGGCCUGGGGUACUCCAAGUGCAUCCUUGUGAGCCAUGACUGGGGGGCUGUCCUUGCCUGGGAUUUCUCCAUCUACUUCCCGUCUCUAGUGGAGCGGAUGGUCGUGGUCGGUGGACCUCCUAUGUCAGUGUUCCAAGAAUACUCAAUCCGUCACAUUGGCCAGUUAUUCCGAUCAAACUACAUGUUCCUGUUCCAGCUUCCCUGGCUGCCAGAGACGCUAUUAUCUUUGUCCGACUUUCAGAUUCUAAAAGCCAUUUUCACCGACCGCAAGACGGGUAUUCCGCGUCUGACCCCUUGUGAACUCGAAGCUUUCCUUUAUCACUUCUCACAACCUGGAGGCCUCACCGGGCCCCUCAACUACUAUCGGAACCUGUUCAGGAACUUCCCCCGGGAGCCCCAAGAACUGUCCACGCCCACACUGCUGCUGUGGGGGGAGAAAGACCACACCUUACAGCAGGGGCUUGUGGGGGCCAUUGGUAGUCGUUUUGUGCCGGGUCGGCUGAAAAGCCACAUCCUGCCAGGCAGUGGGCAUUGGAUUCCACAGAGCCAUCCUCAGGAGAUGCAUCAGUAUAUGUGGGCCUUCUUGCAAGACCUGCUGGACGAGUAGCCCCUGCUCCCCAGUCCAACAGAUACAUGAUACUUGCGGGAUCACGUACCCACAUCCUUGUGUAUCUGAGAGUCUGUGCAGUGUGGCACAGAAUGGACUCCCAGCUCACCCACAGCAAAUGGCUCCAGCGUUGCGCACAAAAAGCAUCUAUGGUUGCCCUGGCUCACACAUAGCGUGGGUGUUUGCAUGGGUGAGAAACCUCUUGGACUCUGGCAGCUAGGAAUGCUUCUCCCUUAUGGAGUUAGUUGAUGGGACUCACCUUCCCAAAGUGUUCCUUCCUCAGUAGCUACACAAACCACAAAUUCUAACCUUUCUAUCUGGUUUUCCACCUCCAAUCUGCAGCUUAGGGCUUAUUCAAUAGUGCAUGCAAUUUAUUUCUUUUUGGUUUUUGGGACAGAAUUUCUCUGUGUAGCCCUGGCUGUCCAGGAACUCACUUUGUAGAGUUCAAGGCUGACCUUGAACUCAAACAUUUGCCGGCCUCUGCCUCUGGGGUGCUGGGAUUAAAGGCAUGCACCUCCACCACCGGCUGCAUCCAAUUUCUUCCUAACCUACAGUGAUACUUCAAUUUAAAUAUUAAUUAGCUAAAAUGAAGUUUCAUUUGCUAUGAAAAAUUCAGUGUCUCUGGGAAGGUGACUGUAAGGGGUUAAGAGUAUUUGUUGCUCUUGUGCAGGAUAUGAAUUCAAUUCUCAGCACUCAUAUGGGGUUUCACAACCAUCUGUAAAUCCAUGUCCAAGGGA